AUGACUGGAUUCAUUUUAGUUGCCAAUUCUGGAAAAAAAAUCUCUCUAGAACACGCUUCUCAUCCUUGUCCAAAAUGUAAAAACCAAAGCUCUGUACAAUUGACAAGGUCUGAAAAAUCGUUGAUUGUUUUGAACAAACGCAUUACGGACAAUUCAACUGUACGAUACGAAUGUUCACAGUGUAAAUGGAAAAAUCAAAUGCUACCU